AUGGAGGUAGAUUUCUGCAAACCUUUUCGCCUUCAGCAUGAAAAGUAUCCGAAAGGAGCGCGUGUUGGUUUCAAACUGAGGGCAUUCAGACAGGACUUCUACCUCCACCUCACACCAGAUUCCACUUUCCUGGCCACUGGCGGCGGAUCUGCAGCAUCCAGGGCUUCAUCUGGCCUCAGGGAAUGCUUCUACUCCGGGGACGUUAACGCAGACCCGGACUCCUUUGUGGCGGUCAGCCUGUGCAAAGGUUUACGGGGGGGCUUCACCCAUAAAGCCAUGGAGUAUAUCAUCACUGCAAGCACCGAGGACACAGCAGCUGAAUAUGGACACAUUUUGGAAAAAACGCACAGGAUCAACCGCAGAAUGAGCUCCAGGCAUCCAGGGGCCAACUUCCCCAGCAGGUGUGGAGUCACACCCGACACUAACUUCAGCGUUUCCAUGGAGAAAUACAAACACCUGGAUCAGCUGGACGCCGGUGGCUUCAUGGAAGGCGUGCUGAAAUCCCUGGGCAGGUCCAAGAGGUCCGUGUCCAUCCCCAGGUUCGUGGAGGUGAUGGUGGUGGCGGAUCAGUCCAUGGCUGCAUUCCACGGGGUUGACCUCGAGCAUUACCUCCUGACCCUUAUGUCAGUGGCAGCCAGGCUGUAUAAACACCCCAGCAUACUGAACUCCAUCAACAUAGUGGUGGUGGGGUUCAUGGUGAUAAAUGAAACUGACAAGGGCCCAAAGGUUUCCAGCAACGCUGCUCUGACUCUGCGCAACUUCUGCUCCUGGCAGAAGAAGUUAAAUAAACCCAACGAUAAGCACCCAGAGUACUGGGACACGGCCAUCCUGUUCACCAAGCAGGAUCUCUGCGGAGCCACAACCUGUGACACACUGGGGAUGGCUGAUGUUGGAACCAUUUGUGACCCCAAGAGAAGUUGUUCUGUCAUUGAGGAUGAUGGCUUACCCUCUGCCUUCACAACAGCCCAUGAGCUUGGUAAAAUAGUUGCGGAUCCGGAAAUACAACACCUAUUAUCUGAGGAAACUCUUCCGAACUGGUUGGAGAUUCAUCCCAACAAGUCUUCAUUGAAGGAACUGGAUUAUUAUUAUUAUUUUGUUUUUCCCUUUCAUCAUCAACAAAGACUGGUUGACUUCCUUGGUGUUGUGGAUGGGACGCCGUGCUCCCCUGACACCUCAGCCGUGUGUGUUCAGGGUAUAUGCAUCAAGGCAGGCUGCGAUGGCAAGCUGGACUCUGACAAAAAGUUUGACAAAUGUGGUGUGUGUGGUGGGGACAACCAGAGCUGCAAGAAGAUCUCAGGGAUGUUCACAAAGCCUGUUAAUGGUUAUAACUUUGUGGUGACGCUGCCCACUGGAGCCUCUAAUAUUGACAUCCGCCAAGGGGGAUACAGAGGAAUGGUCAGUGAUGAAAACUACCUCGCUGUGAAGAAUCGCCAUGGUAAAUACCUUCUGAAUGGCAACUAUGUAGUGUCAGCUGUAGAGCGAGACCUUCUACUUAAAGGCACCCUGCUGCGCUACAGUGGCACCUCUACAUCUGUGGAGAUUCUCCAGGCCACCAGACCUCUGCAAGAACCUCUAACUGUAGAGGUGCUCUCUGUGGGGAAGAUGACUCCUCCCAGGAUCCGCUACUCCUUCUACAUGUCAAAGGAGCAUAAAGAUGAAAAGACUCUUCGGAAAGAGGAUAAAAGCCACAAGCUACAGAACAGUGUCUUGAUUGAUGGCAAAAAUACAGUAAUUAAGAAUAUGGUGAUAGGUAAGAGACUUGUUAGUCACUGGAAAACAGCAGGGUGGGAUUCAUGUACAGUUACUUGCGGAAAUGGUCUACAGAAGCGGUUGGUCCAAUGUCAGAGCACAGAAGGACGUCUUGCAACUGAUUGUGACAUUACUAAAAGGCCGGCAGCAGUAAGAGCCUGUGGGGAUCCAUGUCCAAUAUGGAACGUAGGAACCUGCUCUCAGUGCUCUAAGUCCUGUGGAAGAGGCUUUAAAAGAUGUUCAGUGUGCUGCACAACUGAGAAUGGACUUAAUCUGCCAAGAAACCACUGCUCUGGAAAGAAGAAGCCUCAGGAACUGGACCUUUGCAACCUGACAUCUUGUUAGUGCCAAAGAAACUCAAGGGGUUUAUUGAAAUCUUCUCAAAUUAUUGUUACAAUUCCACUGCUGUGUUAAGAGCAAGAACUCUUGAAAACAGUCAGUAUGUGAUGGGGUUUCAGAUACACCACUGUAUUGAAAGAUAUUUGUUUACUAAAGACAAAAAAUGUUAAACCCAUCUCGCACAAGUUUUGAUGUAGUCUACUGUAUUUUUUUUUUUAUUCUGUAUUUUUACCAGAAUUAUGCUUGUGUCCGCAUGAGUGCAUUUCAUUCCAGACAAUACAGUUUAGUGAGACAUGAGAACCCUACCUUAAAUAAUUUGUCUUAAUGGCACAGGCUGAAAUUUUAAUACCAAAAAUCAGGGUUGGUGAGAUCAACCUCGCUACUUGUCAUGUUACUGGAGAACUGAUGGAACAAUCAUGUAACUGGUCCUUUCUGGUCUUUGUGCAAAUGACUGACUAGUAAAAAUACUCAAACUUAAUGUGACAUCAGUCAGAUCAGUUUUUGAUUGAUCAAUCUGUUAAGUAUAUUUUUUCCAGAAAAAUAUCCAACGUGCAACGAAGAACAUCAUGUUUGUUUGGCUGGGUUUUGCUUCUCUGGUGUACCUCAUGAGACAGGGAGCCAGAGCUGUGAGCCAUUGUUUGGCGUCACUUAGGUUGUGGUAUUUCCUGGGCCAGCGUUUCUUCCUUCUGCUCUGACAGCUGGGUCAUUUCUCUCUGUGUUGCCCUAAUCUUAACUUCUAGCUUAUAUCUUGAGGGAACUAUUCCAAGUUGCUGGUGGUGUGCUUGGUCUUCAAACAAAGGGAACCAGCCUAUUUCUUUUUUCUUAAUUUUUCACGUUUUUUCCUACCAGAUCUGCUUGUUAUUCAGCAAUACACAUUGCAUAUGCCUAACUAAAAAGAAAAAGAAAAAUAUUCUUAAAUGUGUUUUUAUAAUCUCCUUUAUUCACCUUGCAAAAACCACCGGACAGCAGCUCUUGCUUAAUCAAAGGAAUGAUUUGUAUUACAUAUUCCUCAUACCUCAAACUAGCAGACUAAUUGGCUGCAUUUUCAUAAACCAUAGAAUUGCACAAAUUAAAUUGUGAAAAUGGAAACGUGCCAAUUUAUAAAAAGAAACCCAUGUUUCUUCAAUAAAAAGUCUGCAAAUGGAAAACUGCAAUAGAAACUGUUUUAUUUUAUUUAUUUUUUUUGCAUCACAGGAGUCUUGAUAAAUAGCCGAAUGUUACUACUGGCAAAAACAGUGAGGAAGACAACAGGACUGCAAUUGUUUUUUUCAGGCAGUGCGCAGCUGGUUCCAUCAGAGCUCUCACAGCUUCACACAGUUCAUAAAAAGUUGUUUGUCAUUCCAACAUGUUGAAUUCAUAGCUCUUCUGUAAAAUCAACUACAAUUUUCCCAAAACACCGCACAUGUAGCCACUCCUAAUAAGGAGCUUGUUGCUCCAACGCCUGAAUAAGACGCUGACGAGUGGCUGAUGUCUGACUGAUGAGAGCUAUUGACUUAUCACAUGAACAAGCUUAUUCACAUGAUUUUAAUUCUAUUUUAAUGGAAACACAGCAAGCCGGAAAAUAUGU